AGUCAGUGAUUCGGCUCCGCGCAUAGGUAGCGCGCUCAGGCUCGGCCCCGCCUCCCCGGCCGGGUGACUGGAGGCGGAGGCGCGGCGUCGAGCACGUGACGUCAACGCGCUCCCCGCCGCGGCCGCCGUCGGGGUUUUCGCUGACGCACAGACCCCGCACCCCCUCCCCUUUCCCUCACUGCCUGAGCGCCGGGUGGAGAAGACGCGUCAGUUGACUGGAGCGCAGGCCUACGUGCAUCUCCUUUUGGGGUUCGUCGUUCCCUGGAGCCGCACACCUUCCCCGGCAGUAGCAAAGCGACAGAGAGCGCCAUCCGCGGGCCCUUGCGGCGCCCAGGCCUAGCUGCGCGCGCCCCGCUCGCCCUCGGAGUUGGCCAAACCCGCCGCUGGUGGAGGCGUGAGGCAACGACGGGCCGGCGGCGCGAGCAGCGUUAGCCGCCGCGGCCUUCGGCCCUCCCUCCGCCUCCUUCUCCGCCCCCCCUCGCUUCCCUCCUCCCACUUCCCGAGCUCCGGCGUGUCCCGGCCACGCUCGGUGCUGCUGCGGGAACAAAGGAAGACCCCGCGGCGGCGGCGCCACCUCCGCCUGCGGCUCUGACCCGCUCCCGGCCCGCGGCGGCGGCGGCGGCGAAUUCAGGGCUUCCGGCUCGCCCCUCCGUGAGGGCUCGGCCCGGUCCCACCGCGCCGGCGUCGCGCGCCAGCCCGGUUCCUGCCGCCGAAGGGAGAAAAAUGGCUCAGGAGACUAACCAGACCCCAGGGCCCAUGCUGUGUAGUACAGGAUGUGGCUUUUAUGGGAAUCCUAGGACAAAUGGAAUGUGUUCUGUUUGCUACAAAGAACAUCUUCAGAGGCAGCAGAAUAGUGGCAGAAUGAGCCCAAUGGGGACAGCUAGUGGUUCCAACAGUCCUACCUCAGACUCUGCAUCUGUACAAAGAGCAGAUGCUAGUUUAAACAACUGUGAAGGUGCUGCUGGCAGCACAUCUGAAAAAUCAAGAAAUGUGCCUGUGGCUGCCUUGCCUGUAACUCAGCAAAUGACAGAAAUGAGCAUUUCAAGAGAGGACAAAAUAACUACCGCGAAAACAGAGGUGUCAGAGCCAGUUGUCACUCAGCCCAGUCCAUCAGUUUCUCAGCCCAGUACUUCUCAAAGUGAAGAAAAAGCCCCUGAGUUGCCCAAACCAAAGAAGAACAGAUGUUUCAUGUGCAGAAAGAAAGUUGGCCUUACAGGGUUUGACUGCCGGUGUGGAAAUUUGUUUUGUGGACUUCACCGUUACUCUGACAAGCACAACUGUCCAUAUGAUUACAAAGCAGAAGCUGCAGCAAAAAUCAGAAAAGAGAAUCCAGUUGUUGUGGCUGAAAAAAUCCAGAGAAUAUAAAUUACUACUUGUGAAGAGACUGAUAACUUUGUUUUUAUUUUAAUAUAUCGUAGGAAAACAUUAAAGAGCAGAUGCAUGGCCAUUUUCCUUUGAUGUUCUCCAGAGUUUUACUUUACACUUGUCUGUCUUAUAAUUGAUAUUUUAGGAUGUGUGGGUGUUUGUUACAGGCAGAAUUGGAUAGAUACAGCCCUACAAAAUGUAUAUGCCCUCCCCUGAAUUAAAUUGGAUGAAAAUCUGCACAGCAAGUUGAAAACACAGAUAAUAGGGACAAAAUUUAGUUCCCUUGUGCCAAACAAAGUACGUGAAAUAUCUGCAUGUUUGCAGCAUAUCUGCCUUUGAGAAUGUAAUCAAGGUAUAAUCUCUGGCUAGUGUUACGUGCCUGUAUUUUUUUUUUUUUUUUAAUGGUACACCAGAAAAGGACUGGCAGUCUACUUCUACCAUAAACUUUACCCUGUUAAUUUCCACAUUUUCCUUGGAAGCGGGAAGAAAGCUAUAAAGAAAGCUAUCAGACCUUUCCGUGAAACCAGUGUUUUGGUGCCAUAUGUAAGCCUGGCUAAUUGGUCUUCUAAAAGCUGUCAAAUAAGACAUUCUUUGGAAGGUACACAUCAUAACUGGUUAUAAAGAGUAAAACAGAUCAAGCCAACAGGGUCUUGAGCUAUCUUUGAAGCUUAUCGUGCUGGCCUGCACCAGAAGAUGUCUGCAUUACUCUCAUUGCUAACAAUAUUGUGUAGCACAGAACUGCACUAAGAUUAAUUUGUCUACAAGAAGAAGUUAAAACUCUACGUUUGGUUUUCACAUAUAGCAGCUCUAUUGAGUAACAUGCAUCUGAAUUUUAAUUUGCAAGGGUAUCUGAAUAGUUAAUUUUUCAUGUGCAUAUUUUGUUGAAUUGUUUUGGUUCAAGAAAGAAUGUUUAAAGCUUUUUUAAAGACUUCAGUUCUUAAUGUAACUGUACCCUUCUGCAUGGAAAAUCAUAACCAACAUGGCUGCGGUAGACUUCUUAGUGGUAUCCAGCACCACUUGCAGAGGGCUGCUUUAUCAUAUUAAUUGUACUUGGGUGUAGGACUCUAGUGUUCUUGGGUGUAUUGCAUGGGCUGCAUUAUCUACAGCAUUGUACAAUAACAACUAGAAGAGGCAGUAUACUUCACUGAUGCUUGUCUGGUAAUAUCACUUCUGUGUUAUAAUGGAAGGUUUUUUGUGAUGUAUGAAACUUGUGUUUUUUAUAUAUAAAUGCGUAUAGUUAGAUUGGUGUCGUGGUAAUGCCUGUUUUCAUCUGUAAAUAGUUAAGUAUGUACACGAGGCACUACUUCUGAUUUAUUGCAGUGUUCAGUCUUAGUUUUUACUUUUACUCUUAAAGCAUUCAGUUUUGCUUUCAAUUUUAUGUACCUUAGUUCUGAGUUAGAUCUGCAGAUGUGUACAGAUAGUUCAUAUUUAUGUAUUGCACAUAAUCAUGCUAUUCAGCAUUGAUGCUGUAUUGUAUUAUGUAAAUAAUAAAAGCCAUGUACAGAGGGAAA